AAUGGGAAGAAUUCAUUUUGUAGCUCAUCUACAUUCCAGAAUUAUGAUAUGGGAACAAAACAAAUUCCUUCAGAUUUGCACAAAGGUUCAUAGCAAGCAGAGAUCAACAUAGAGAAGGGCUGUCAGUGAGUCCUGAAAUUUAACUUGCUCAUUCACACCUUUUAAAAUAAAAUCGGUUAGUGCUUGUGAUACAGACUCGAAUGAUUUUUUUUUCAGCAGGUCUUUGUUGACAGGACUACAUUCAGAUUGCAUCAUCUAAAUGAACUUAUCCAGCUAUGAAGUGUUCAAGGAAGACCAUGAUUCUGCUUGCAUUGAUGUCCAUACCGAUUCAAUACACAGCGAUUAAGAUUGUCAUAGAUUUUUAUGUUCAUAAAUGUCUGUUUCCUAACCUUUUGAACUGUGGCUUGGGACAGGAUGUCAAGUCCUUCGAUCGGAUGUGUGAUAAUUGCAAUUCCUCCAGGAAGACUAACAUCCUCAUCUUGGCGACCACCCGUAGCGGCUCCUCUUUCGUUGGACAGUUGUUCAACCAGCACUCAGAUGUGUUCUAUCUUUUUGAACCGCUCUAUCAUGUUCAAACGACCUUAAUCCCUCACCUGUCUCCCAGCAGAUAUGCUGUUGAGCGCAGAGUGAUGCUGGGAGCCAGUCGUGACCUUCUUAGAAGCUUGUACAACUGCGACUUGUAUUUCUUAGAGAGUUACAUCAAGCCGCAGCCGGCAAGCCAUACCACGGAUAAACUGUUUCGACGAGGAGCCAGCAAAGCCCUCUGCUCUAUGCCGGUCUGUGAUGCUUUCAGCCCCAGCGAUGGCAAUAUAGAAGAGGGGGAUUGUGUUCGAAAGUGUGCCUCCCUUAACUUGACCCUCGCUACCGAAUCAUGUCGGGAAAGACGGCACGUGGCCAUUAAAACAGUGUGUAUUCCAGAGGUCAAUGAUCUUAAAGCACUGAUCGAGGACCCUCGGCUUAAUCUGAAAGUUAUUCAGCUGGUGAGGGACCCGCGUGGGAUAUUAUCUUCUAGGAUUGAAACCUUUCGGGACACAUAUCGCCUAUGGCGGAUCUGGAAAGACACGGGUCGUAAACCUUACAACUUGGAUUUGAUUCAGCUGACGACAGUGUGUGACGACUUUCUGAACUCGGUGUCCACCGGCUUGAGCCGACCGCCGUGGCUUCGUGGACGGUACAUGCUGGUGAGAUACGAGGACCUGGCCAGGAAUCCACUCCAAAAAACCAAGGAGGUUUAUGAAUUCCUUGGUCUUUCAAUGGAAAAAAACGUGAUGGACUGGAUACAUAACAACACAAAAGGCAAUAACAAGUCAGCAGCGAACAAGUACGGCACGUCGAGGGACUCGGCGGCCAAUGCAGAGAGCUGGAGGUUGAAUUUGUCUUAUGAAAUGGUUAAUUACACACAAUCUGUCUGUAAGCACAUUUUAGACAAGCUCGGCUACAAAGCUGUCAACUCCCCCGAGGAGCUGAAAAACAUGUCACUCUCGCUCACUGAGGACAAAACCUUCAUACAUUUUAUGUAA